AUGCCUGAAUCUUAUACCGAUAAUAAUAAAAUUGAAAUCGCCUUUACUUUUCUCGUUGAACCAGAAAAGGUUGAAAAAGAAGUUAUUAAACCUGUUCUCAAUGGUAAUACAGUAAUUAAACAAGAAGAAGCACUUACUGAACUCAAUGAGCCCAUUCUUGAUUCUACUUUUCUCGCUGGACCAAGAAAGGUAGAACUAGAAGAUACGCUUGGUGAUCUCAUUCUUGAUACUACUUCUCUCGUUAAACCAGAAAAGAUUGAACUAGAAGAUGCACUUAUUGAACUUAUUGAACCCAAUGUUCUCGCUAAACUAGAAAAAGUACUUACAGCACCCCUUCAAGAUAUUCUAAAUUUAUUAAACAGGACUCAACAAACAGAUCAACUUUAUCAUUUUAACGUAUUCCGAGAAUUAAAACGCAUAGAAGAAAAAAUUGAAUCAAGAAUUGGUUUAACUAAAGUAAUUAAAGAAAUUGAAAUCAAAACGAUUAAAUUAAUUAAAUCACUCAAUAAAAUGUAUGCGGGGUAUGUUAUGAAGAUAGAUCCUUUUUAUAAUGAAAAAAUUUCUCCUGAAUUGAAAAUUUUUGAAAAAAUAAAAGACCGUAAAAAUUGUUGUUGUCUUAAAUGUCAAGAAUUAAAUGAAUUAAAUGAUACAAAACCACCGUCAUCAUUACCAAUUUUUAUGUUAUUGAUAGAUUGGUUUGAACAUUUAGAAAAUUUAGAACGAAAUCCUUGGUUGAUUUGUAAGUAUGUUGAUAAUUACGAGAUAGAUCAUUCUAAGCAAGAAAGAAACAUUAAAGUUCUGUUAAAAGAAUAUAAAAUGGAAAUUCGAAAAAACAAUAAAGAAAUCAUACGGAUAUCACUAAAGGAAAUAAUAAGAUCAUGUUUAAAUAAAUCCAAAGAAGAAGACGAUGGUGACCUUAUUCAAGUCCUUAGUCAAGUUGUUUCAAUCCUUUUAGAAAAAAAUAAAAUGAAAAUUGAAAAUUAUGACAAUAUGGAAGAAAUAAUCAAACAGAUAUUAUUAAAUGAAAUAAUAUUACAAUUAAAUGAUUCCAAAGGAGAUGAAGACAUUAGUUCAAGUGAUUCCGAAGAAAGUGAAGACGUUAGUUUAAAUAAUUCUGAAGAUGAAGUUAGUUCAUUCGAAGAAAUAGAAAAUUAUAAUAAAAAUACUAAAAAAACGAAGAAAAAGUGGUCGUUUGAACAUUAUUCCAAAUAUCGGUUAUAUAAUAAUAAAGGUACUCUUUGUACUUCUCAAUAUUUUAUUGAUAGCUUAUUACAAUAUUAG